AUGAGUACUCUUAAAUUGGCAUCACCUGCUUCGACACGAAUUGGUUUUAUUGGAAUAGGUGUUAUGGGUACUUCAAUGGCUGGUCAUUUAAUAAAAGCAGGUUAUAAAUUAAAUAUAUUCACACGUACUGCAUCUAAAGCUGAUUCACUCAUUUCACUUGGUGCUUCAUUAUUAAAAACACCACGUGAAGUUGCACAACAAUCAGAUGUUGUUAUUUCUAUUGUUGGUUAUCCUAAAGAUGUCGAAGAAGUUCUACUUGAUGAUAAAAAUGGUGUAUUAACUGGUUUUGAACCCGGUAAAAUAUCAAUUGAUAUGACAACUUCAAAACCAUCAUUAGCUGUACGGAUUUAUGAAGAAUUCAAAAAACGUGGUGUAUAUGCCCUUGAUGCACCAGUUUCAGGUGGAGAUAUUGGUGCUAGAAAUGCAACACUUUCUAUUAUGGUUGGUGGUGAUCAAAAUGUUUUUGACGCUUGUUUACCUAUAUUUAAUGUUAUGGGAAAAAAUGUUCGAUUAAUGGGUAAAUCAGGUUUUGGUCAACAUACUAAAAUGGCUAAUCAAAUAGCUAUUUCAUCUGGUAUGAUUGCCAUGUGUGAAUCACUUCUUUAUGCUCAACGAGUUGGUCUUGAUUGUGAAAGCGUUAUUCAGGUAUUAAGUUCUGGUGCUGCGCAAACAUUUUCAAUGACAAAUUAUGGUCCACGUAUACUUAAACGUACAUUUGAUCCUGGUUUUUAUGUUGAACAUUUUAUUAAAGAUUUAGGUAUUGCAUUAGAAGAAGCAAAUCGAAUGGGUCUUAUUUUACCUGGUUUAAUACAAUCAAAAAUGCUUUAUGAUAUAUUAGCUGCUGAUGGUAAACAAAAAUUAGGUACACAUGCUUUAAUGUUGGCCUUGGAAAAAUUAAAUGGUCUUGAUAAAACAAAUGAUGAAGAAAAGAAAUCAUAA